ACAAGGAUAAUGUUUUUUAAGCCGCCAUAUUGUCAACUUUUCGUGUUGGUUGAACGGAUUGAGAAUUUGCGGAUUACGAUUUGAAAUAAUUUAAUUUUAUCAUCCACGUUGAAUUAAUUUUCUAAUUGUAUUACCUAAAAAUACUUAUUUGCGAUGGAUUCCCUAGUUGGCUAUGGCAGUGAUGAUGAAAAUGAAAAUGAACGCGGAGGUCGCCAUUCUUCGGUCGCGGGGAGCGCGGGGCGCCGCCGCGAUGACGACACCAACUAUGACGACGUCAACAUGGACAUGAGCGAGGACUCGCAGGCGGAGUCGGAGCCCGAGCUGCCGCCGGCGGAGCCCGCGCCCGAGCGCCACUCGCAGGCCCGGGACGACAGGCGUGGCUCAGAUGACAGCCGCGACCGCGACCGCACCCGCGACCGCGACAGCGACCGCCGCCGCCGCGAGUCGCCGCGGCGGGACGGGCGCGGCGACCGCCGGGACGAGCGGCCCGACAGGUGCGAUUUGUCUCCUCAGGCUGACAGUCGUGACCGCAGGCCCGACCGCGACCGCAGGCCUGACCGCAAGGAGCGCGGCGAGUCGCGUAAAGACAAGGAGCGUGAGAGACGCUCGCCGCGUAAAGACAGAUGCGACAAGAACGGCCCUCGCAGUGGCCGGCGCGGGUUGUUAGGCGAGCGGCCGCCGGCGCUGAUGGAGCUGCGGCCCUUCGGCGGCGAGCCACCGCCGGUCGAGCGCCGGCCCCACGACGCGAGGGACGCGGCCUCGCCCAGGUUCGUGGACCGCGACCGCCGCGACAGAGACCGCGAGCGAGACAGAGACAGGCACGGCCGCCGCUCCGAGGAGUCGCGGUCCCACAGGCAUCCUGACAGACGCGAGCGGUCCCGGUCUAGAGAGCGCUCCCGCGGCGCGGCUUUUCCGCCACCAUCUACCUCCAGCAGUGGGGAGAGGCGAGGUUCCCCGCCGUCUGGCGAUUACCGCCCGUCAUCGUACAAAGUCAACAAGAAAUUAGAAGUUAUGGAAAAAAUGGGGCUCCAGAUCAAGACGCCGGACGGGUCGAUGGCGACGGCGCAGCAGCUACGAGCGGCCGCGGGCGACGCGCCGGCCUCCUCGCUGCCCUCCUACUACAACCCGGGCGCCGCCAACACCUCCAAGAUCCUCGACCAGGUGCAGAAGCGCAAGCUGUUAUGGGGCGCCAAAGCGAAGGCCGAGGCGGCGGCGCCGGCGGGCCAGUGGACGGGCGCGCGCUUCGCCCAGGACAGCGACGGGCGCCAGGCCUCCAAGUUCAUGCGGCUUAUGGGCAUACGCGACCCCGAGGCAGUCAAAGCAGAGAAGCCACCUCCAUCAGCGGACCCCAUCAAGAAGCAAGAGGAGCUGUUCCAAGCCAUGCAAGCUCAGUACGAGGUUGCCCGAGCCACUACGCACACCAUGCGAGGCGUGGGUCUCGGCUUCUCGCGGUCCCAGUACUAGCGAACUGCAAAUGUGUGACGCACAAGACAGUUGUGUUCUGAAUAUUAGAAAAAAAAAACUAUUUAUAUUUAUAAAGAGUGAACUAUCAAAUCAUAGUUAAAAGGGUCACACUGGUCUCUUAAAACUUUAUUAUGGCCUCCACUAAAACUCGCGUGAGCCACGGGCAUGUGUGAAAGUUUUAGCGUGGGUCCUUACCACCCUAAGGUAUUUUUAAGACCUGGAAUUUAUACUAUCAACUAAAGUACAAUGUACUCAUAUUUUUGUUUAUCAGAGAUAAGAUUUUUUGUCUGUUCUAUGAAUAUUAAUGGUGUAAUUCCUAGUUCCUUUUUUUUGUAAAUAUGAUGUUCCUCGUUUUUAAGAGGCUUGUGCAACCCAAUCUCAUAUAAAUAACGCUUAACUUUAACUUGUAAGAAUGCUAGGGUAUGAAUAGAAAUUAUUGUCCACUUAUGACCCUUUAGUUAGUUGCCUAAGCACUAGCUAAACCUAUGUCCUACCUAUGUGUGUAUGACCAUGUACAGUGUGUAAUAUUGAGGUUAUAUUAUGUUAACUACGUCGUUCGACACAAAUCGUGUUAGAAAUUAGUGUUAAAGGCUACUGUGUGAUAUAUUAACUUGUUAAUGCUAUAUUAUUUAUAAAGAAAAAUACAAUCAUAGUCAUUGAAGGACUAGUUGUUAGUUUGAAGGAAUAUGUAGUCAUUCAAUGAAUGUAUUGGUUUUAUAGUUAUAAGAUA